AUGGCUCCAGGCGGCAAAGAACCGGGACAGCAAUGGCCUCCGCGAUCCCCACACGAAGCGCUUCUUAGCACCCCCAAAGGCCGGGAACGAUACCGCGAAAUGCUACAAACCUCUCCGACCCCUUCGCCCUCUCGUGGCAGUCGCCUCUAUUCGAGCCCUUCAAGUUCUGCCGGUAUUGGACUGGGAAUUCGAGGCGCUAGCGACGACGAAGACGAAGAUGACGAGGAGACUCUGCAGCUUAAGCUACAGGAAAUACAAGCAAAGCUGCGACUCAAGAAACUGCAAAAUGCAAGAGGAAAAACAGAUGCCGGGAGUAGUAGCGGCGGGAGAACUGCGCUAUCAGCCUCGCCUUCCAUCUUGGACCGCCGACAAAUACCCAAGAGCCCGGCACGCAAUCAAAACGCCAUCCAGGUCCCCGCAUCGCCAGUCCGAAAGCUUCAAGCCCCGCAACUACAGACAUCGCCUAGUCGGGUGCUCUUGGGUAUUGACAAGGGCUUGACGGCCAAAGACAUUUCCCUGAAGCGGGCUCCAAGCCAUAAACGUCUGCACAGUGCAGUGGGUUCGCGAUCAGGUGUUGGCUCGCUCGCAACCUCGUCGUCAGAAGCUCCGCAAGCAAGCAGUUUCAAUGAGCGCCUCACAGGGCUACGAACGGAGGAGGCAUUCCGCAAGGAGCGCCAAGCGAGGAUCCGAAGCGUCCGGUCCAAUGCCUUUGGGAUUGGAAGGGACGAGAUGGAUGUUUACAAAAAGGAUGCUGUAGAGAUCCCAGAUGUCCCGUUGGCACCACCUACGUUUUCCAGAGACCAAGUUCUAGGGACCAAGAAAUCGACAGGUGAAUUUUUGACAAGAAGCCGCACAGCGCCCUCUGGCAAACUUACAUACGGCGCUACCGACGAACAGGUGAAUAAUGCCAGCGCAACCUCUUCCCUAGCUCCUACGUCCGAAGAGGAGCAGCCGUCGUAUGAGCUGUACUCUAACUUUCACCUCUCUCGGCGAAUUCUCCCACACAACGUCCUCACUCGUGGCGUUUCUGGCAAGAAAGCAUACAACAUCAAAGACUUGUUGCGUGCUGUCAAAGCACCUGACUUUAGUCUGCCCGAUAUCGAACAAGAUGUUGUCGUGUUUGGUAUUCUGGCGAAGAAAUCGGAGCCUCGCUCACAUAAGCCAGGAACAGGCAAGAAUAAGGACGAGGACAGAGGCAAAUAUAUGAUCAUGACCCUAGUGGACCUUGGUUUUGAGGUUGAUCUAUUUCUAUUCAACAGCGGUUUUGAACGAUUCUGGAAACUAAGCGAAGGCACUGUUAUUGCCAUCCUGAACCCGAACAUUAUGCCACCUCCGCCGGGCAGGCACGAUACGGGGCGUUUUAGUCUUGUCAUUAAUUCCGAUGAGGACACCAUUUUGGAAAUUGGAAUUGCUCGUGAUUUGGGAUUCUGCAAAUCUGUCAAGAAAGACGGCAACCCCUGUGGUUCGUGGGUCAACAAAAAGCGAACAGAAUUUUGCGAGUAUCACUCAAACGAAGCGGUCAAGAAGCAGAAGUCUUCACGAAUAGAGAUGAACACCAGUGGCUUCGGAGGCCACAACCGCGGUGGAAGAUCGGGACACGGAGGUGGCCGAUGGCAGCCAAGGAAAGACGCCAACAAUAAUUUUGAUCGCGAGACACAGACGCAUUGGUUUGCGGCGCGCUCAAUGAGUUCAGCGGACUUGAUUGAUGGGAAAGACAUUAGUCUCGGAGACCGGAAAGAACGCGCUGAAUUUUUGAAGCGGAACCUGGAGGCGAAAGAAAAGGAGAGAGAAAUCAUGAACAAGCUGGGGCAAGUAGGAAGCGCUGCCGGACGAGAAUACAUGAAAUUUGCAGGAGCCAAGGCUACGACAAACUCCCAGGCAGGUGGAAGCCAAGCCUCAGGAGCCGGGCCUAGCGCAGCAGACUCUGCGUCAGAUGCAUCUACGCUGGAUCUGUUGCGAGGGGGAGCUGAUCGACAGAUUCAUUUGAGCCCAGUGAAGCGGAAACGCAUGGGCAGCUCGCAGUCCAGCGUCGUGACCACUGGUAGCAACAGGUCAUCGGCGGCAUAUGGCUGGGGCAGUGACCUGAGGGAGAAGCUGACGAGCAUGAAGACAGCUGGUUCCGGGGAGCCGAAAAAGUCGCGCUCGCCAGUCCGUAAGAAGACGCGCUUUGUCACGGAAAAGGGCGUUCGUGAGGCUGGGAGAGAGAGCCUGGGUAUGGAUCUAUCUACCAGACAGAUUGCCAUGGAGGAUGACGAUGAUGAGUUGGAGAUUAUCCACUGA